GGCUGCGGACGGUCGUUCAAGCACGCGACGCAGAAGGCGAUACACGUGCGCAAGGUGCACACGGGGGAGAGACCGUUCACGUGCGAGCACGAAGGGUGCGGGCGGUCGUUCUACAGCAGCGGGGAUCUGAAAGCGCACGGGAAGACGCACUCGACGACGAAGCCGUUCGAGUGCCCCGAGUGCGGCAAGUCGAUGAGCUCGAGAAACUCGCUCAAGGUGCACAUCAAGGCGCUGCACACGCUC